AACUCCUACUGGGUAGAAUUGCCUCCCAACUUGAAGAGCCGUGGGAUUCACGAUGUAUUCCAUGCAUCCCUGCUUUGUAUUCACAAGCCUAACAAUGACCGGCUUUUUCCUGGUCAGUCUGAUGCCCAGUUCAUCAUCACUGAUGAAGAGGCUGCCAGAGACUUGGAGUGGGAAGUGAACCAUAUUCUUUGCCACAAGGGAAAGGUGCGAUCAUCUGUGUUUGAGAUCGAGUGGAAAUCGGGAGACAACACG